AAAUUAUGAUGUUACAGAUGGUAUUAAUAAGUCAGCUACCUGCAAUUCAUUAAAAGAUGCAGCCGAUAAAGAGUGUACUUAUAUUUAAAGUUAAAUAUGAUGUAAUAGGUGCUUGUACUAUUUAUGAUGGUACAACUGAUCCAGAAUAAGGACAAGAAACUAGUAGAGAAGAAACUAAAUGCAAGGGUUGGAAAGAUGCAGAUGAAACUGAAUGUUCAAGCAACAUUGACGGUUGCAUAACUACUAAACAAAAUUUCAUCAACAGACUACUUGUGAAUUAGAUACUAUAUCAUGAGAUUUAGCAGGUAUUCCUGAAAAACAAGCAUGGUGUGUAGGAAUUACUGAUUCAAAUAAUAAUAAAUGCAAAUGGGAUGGUACUUAAUAUGCUGAAAGAAAAUGUAAAUAGCCAACUUUUAUACUGCUUCUGAUUUUAAUAGUUAUAUGAAAACUUGUUAGAUCUAAUGGUUAAAAUUGUGCAGCAUUCCAAGAAAUAAACCUUGCUCUGAUUAUAUAGG